GCUGUUAAUAUCGGGUUUGCGCAUGCGCUGCGUCUGCGCGGAGCAUCCUUCCGUACACGUCCUUCCGCCGUGCAGCUACACGGCGUAUAGUCGGCCAUUUUUACCGUGUCCAGCGAGGCAGGAGGUUGUCCUUUGCGAUCGUUCUUCUUACGAUAAGAAGUAACGAUCUUUCAAUAUGGUUAACGGAAGAAUUCCAUCAGUCUUUUCCAAGACUUAUGUUACUCCCAGGAGACCAUAUGAGAAAGCUCGUCUGGACCAAGAGUUACGUAUUAUUGGAGAAUAUGGACUCCGUAAUAAGCGUGAGGUAUGGCGAGUGAAAUAUACACUGGCCAAAAUUCGUAAAGCUGCUCGUGAGUUGCUCACCUUGGAAGAAAAAGACCCAAAGCGUCUUUUUGAAGGAAACGCUUUGUUGCGCCGUCUGGUAAGGAUUGGUGUAUUGAAUGAAGGUCACAUGAAGCUCGAUUAUGUAUUGGGCCUAAAGAUUGAAGACUUCUUAGAGCGACGUCUGCAGACUCAAGUAUUUAAGAUGGGUCUGGCCAAGUCUAUUCAUCACGCCCGUGUUCUUAUUCGUCAGCGGCACAUUCGAGUGCGCAAACAGGUGGUGAAUAUUCCCUCGUUCAUCGUGCGACUGGAUUCGCAGAAACACAUUGACUUCUCGCUCAAGUCGCCCUUCGGUGGCGGCAGACCUGGUCGCGUCAAGAGGAAGAACCUGAGGAAGGGAAGCGGUGGUGCCGCUCCAGAAGAGGAAGAGGAUUAAACAAUCGUUGUGAUUUUAUUGUUUCAAUAAAUAUGCGACGUGUGUAAUAGA